AUGUAUUUCCAUGAGCUAGGAGAUCACAACAAAAGUUUCCACAUUAUCCUUUUUGUCUUUAAAUAUUUGGAUUUUUCAAUUCGCGGCCUCGUAAACGGUCACUUUCAAUGUCCUUUUCCCUAUUUUUACGCCCAUCAUCAUCUGCGCAUUUUUCGGUUAUCGGCCAUCAUAAAAAAGAUAAAAAGGUUUGAAGGAUAA